UGAACGACGACACGCCCACCCAAAUGAUGCGGACGCGCAUUGAUUACGUCAACGGCGCUUCUUCAUAGACAACACAGACAGGGGGAAGAAGAGUCAAACAGAGCUCUGUAAACAGCACAGUCAUGAAUUGGAACAAAGGCAGUCAAGGUGUCAAGCGAGGUUUUGGGUUUGGAGGGUUUUCCCUUGCAGGCAAAAAGGAGGAACCUAGCCUUCCCCAAAAUUCUCACACAUCAUUCAAAGGCUCAGGAUCAGGUGGAGGAUACGGGAAGAACCAGCAGCUUCCAUCAUUUUACAAGAUAGGGACCAAGAGAUCUAAUUUUGAUGAGGAAAAUGCAUAUUUUGAAGAUGAUGAGGAGGAGUCGAGCAACAACAUGGAUCUGCCGUAUAUCCCAGCUGAGAAUUCGCCGACACGACAGCAAAUGAAGUCAGGUGGUGGCUCGGACAGCGAGGAUGAUCCACUGGAUGCCUUCAUGGCAGAAGUUGAGAGUCAAGCAGCAAAAGACAUGAGGAAACUAGAGGAAAAGGAAAAAGAGAAAAAGGCUGACAAGGGUAUUCGUGAUGACAUUGAAGAAGAAGAUGAACAAGAAGCAUACUUUCGUUAUAUGGCAGAGAACCCCACAGCUGGGCUGACCCAGGAAGAAGAGGAAGACAACAUUGACUAUGACAGUGAUGGGAACCCGAUCCCUUCUACCACCAAGAAAAUUAUCCUGCCACUUCCUCCUAUUGACCACACUGAGAUUGAAUAUGCACCUUUUGUGAAAAACUUCUACGAUGAACACGAAGAGCUCAGCAGCCUGACUGGAGCUGAAGUUGUUGAACUAAGGCAAAAACUUAACUUAAGAGUAUCAGGUGCUGCACCUCCAAAACCAUGUACCAGCUUUGCUCAUUUCAGCUUUGAUGAGCAGCUCAUGCACCAGAUCCGAAAGUCUGAGUACACACAGCCCACACCAAUACAGUGCCAGGGUGUGCCCAUAGCCAUGUCUGGACGUGACAUGAUUGGGAUUGCAAAAACUGGCAGUGGCAAAACUGCAGCUUUCAUCUGGCCAAUGUUGGUUCAUAUUAUGGACCAAAAAGAGUUGGAGCCAGGAGAGGGUCCCAUUGCAGUUAUUGUAUGUCCCACUAGAGAACUUUGUCAGCAGAUCCAUGCAGAAUGUAAGCGCUUUGGGAAAGCCUACUCAUUACGUUCAGUGGCGGUUUACGGAGGAGGCAGUAUGUGGGAGCAGGCUAAGGCUCUACAGGAGGGAGCCGAGAUUGUCGUGUGCACUCCGGGUCGUCUUAUUGACCAUGUCAAAAAGAAGGCCACAUCACUACAGAGGGUGACAUACCUUGUGUUUGACGAGGCAGAUCGCAUGUUUGACAUGGGUUUUGAAUAUCAGGUUAGGUCUAUCGCAAGCCAUGUCCGCCCCGACCGACAGACUCUUCUGUUUAGUGCUACUUUCCGAAAGAAGAUUGAAAGACUGGCCAGAGACAUCUUGGUAGACCCUAUUCGUGUUGUGCAGGGAGACAUUGGCGAGGCCAAUGAGGACAUCACCCAAGUGGUGGAACUUCUCCCUACUGGAGCAGAUAAGUGGUCAUGGCUGACCCGGCGGCUGGUGGAGUUUACGUCCACAGGCUCUGUCCUCAUCUUUGUAACCAAGAAAGCAAACUCUGAUGAACUGGCUACUAACCUGAUCCAGGAGGGCUAUAGCCUCGGACUGCUGCAUGGAGACAUGGACCAGAGUGAGAGGAACAAGGUCAUCACUGACUUCAAGAAGAAAAAUCUACCAGUUCUUGUGGCCACUGACGUAGCUGCUCGUGGUCUGGACAUUCCAUCCAUUCGCACAGUCGUGAACUAUGAUGUGGCACGAGACAUCGACACGCACACGCACAGGAUUGGUCGAACAGGUCGUGCUGGAGAGAAGGGCGUAGCCUACACUCUCCUUACCAAUAAAGACCACACUUUUGCCGGAGAUCUUGUUAGAAAUCUAGAGGGAGCCAAUCAGGCUGUUUCGAAAGAGCUGAUGGACUUAGCAAUGCAGAAUCCAUGGUUUAGGAAGUCCAGAUUCAAAGGUGGGAAAGGGAAGAAGAUGAACAUUGGUGGGGGUGGUCUCGGUUACAAAGAGAGACCUGGACUGGGAGCUGAAAGUUCUGAACGCAGCAGCUUGCCGUCUUCCACAAGUAGCUUUGAAGGCUACACUAAACCUGCCACAGGAGCGAUGGGAGAUCGCAUGGCUGCAAUGAAACAAGCCUUCCAGGCUCAGUACAAGAGCCACUUUGUUGCUGCAACCAGUGGUCCUCCAAAGCUCAGCACCAAGUCUAACAGCUCGUCAGGCUGGACCAGUGCUGGAAGUCUGAGCUCUGUGCCUUCAGAAUCCCCUCAUGUUUCAGAGAAGUCUUCUUCAACAUUCUCAAUGCCUGGCUUUACUAGUGCAGGCACCCUGAGCUCAGUCGGUCCGCCGGUCAGUCAAGCCAGUGCACAGCACAGCUUCCCUCCACCUCCCCCUCCACCUUCAUCACAGAAGGAUAGGGACAGGCAUAGUGAAGAUCGUGGGCGCCACGGGGACAGUCGCCACAGUGAUAGAAGCGACCGGCACAGCAGUGAUGAUCGCUAUAGUGAUCGAGACCGGCAUGGAGACAGAGAUCGCGACCACUACAGGGACCGGGAUCGCCACAGUAGCAGCAGCAGUAGUAGUAGCAGCCGUCACAGUGACAGCCGUAACGGAGAUGGAAGCAGGAGGGACAGAGAUGAUCGGAGAAGUGACAGGGACGGGGGAGACAAGGGUAGUGGAGAGGGGAGGGACAGAGGUGGAGAUGACAGCUUUGCUGUCCCUGAACCACCAAAACGUAGAAAGAGCAGGUGGGACAACUAAAAUAAAAACAUCACUAUGGUAAUAUGUACAACCAUCUGCUCCAUGACAAACAUGUCUGUGCAGGCAGAACAUAUCAGAGGCCAGAACAAGCACAGGGCUGCAGGGUGGAUUUUGGUGUGAAUAAAAUAGAAAUGUUACUGGUGCCAUUGCCUGAUUGGCUGCGACUUUAUGAUCCAAUCCCAAUAGAGCAGUUUACCAGACAUGAACAGAAAAAAGCUCAGAAACAGCCAUUGUACAUACACCAUCUAAAGAGGAAGUAUUAGAGCUGUGAUGAAUCCUUAGUGAGUAAACAAGCUUCUAUGUUUGAAAACCUGAUGCAUUUUGUUUCCAAAUACGUUUUUGGCAACUGUUGACUUUGCAUUCAGUUAACAAUACUCAUCAUUAAAAGUUAUUUCUGAAAGUGAUUGGUGUCAGAGGAGUAAUGCUCAAAACGUUUCUGUUUCUGUGUUGAAAUUCUUGGUCAAAUGCCUUUUGCAAGCAUCAAGUCUGUUUGUGCAUUAAUGUGUUUUUAGUAAGACUAGUUUGUAUUAGAAAAAAGAAAUUAAUAAUGGAAUAAUGAUGGGUUUUAAUAAAAAGAUCAUUGUCA